AUGCUUCCUAUUGUAUACGCUACCCCCUACAUCAAUUAUCCAUAACUCAAUCUUUAAUAAGUAUAUCCAAUUCCAACUUAAUACUUUAAUAUGGUUCCUACAAAGGUUAUGUGUGAUUAAGCCUGUUAAUUCCCUGAGAUUACUUCGAAUGAAAAAGCUUCGGACAAUACUGAUUAAAAUGGCCCCACCAAGUGUAAAGAAGCAUUAGUAUUGGAAGAACUCAACCUGUUAUUAAAAUUUUUGUCAAAGAAUAUUUCCUUACUCUAAGAGAAGACAUUUGAAAAAUUUGUUAUUGAGAAUUUGAAAAACCUUAUAUCCUUGCAUUCCGAUAUCCCCUAUAUCUUAAAGAGGAGGUAUAUCCAAGUUAAUAAAACAAAAGAAGAAAUGACAAAAUUCAUUAUUCGAAGAUGUUUCCAAUUCAUUAAAACUUAAAUUAAUUAUUAAGAAAAAGUUAAUCUCGGAGCUGAAGAAAGAGACAGACUUUUCUAUCAUACUUUCUUUUCUAAUGAUAAGGAAUUUAUGAAAACACUAGAAAAUGAUUCAAUAGAUGACCUCAUUCCUUUUAGAAAAGAAUCAAAACUCAAAACAAUAAAUGACGCUUAUUUAAAAAAACUGUUCAAUUCUAAAUAUUUUACUUAUUUCUAUUAGCAAUUUUUAUCUGAAUUUCAAACAAUAUGUCAAUAAGAAAAUGAGGAGAAAAUAGAAAAAAUGACAAUGCAAAUUUAAAAAAUCAUCUUUACAAGAGAUUAUGAUAAAAUUAAAACCUACAGAAGAUUUCCAUGGAAAGACCACGAAUUUAAUAAGUGUGAAAUUAGAGCAUAAGAAAUAUAUAAAAAAUAUCAUUUUCAUAAAUUCAAGAAUGAAAAGAAACUUUUGAAAAAGGAAUCAAUUAAGCUGGAGCAUAUUGAAUUAUCUGAAUCUAUAUAAUGAACAUUAUAAAAAUUGGCCCAUCAAAUAAUAAUUAUUUAAUUCAAUAAACUACAUA